CAGCAGAGGGCUCUGGCACUUUGGGACAAGAGAAGUUGGCUGCUGCGGUUCGCUCCUCUUUGUCGGGCGCUUCUCGGCCUAGGAUUGCUUCGCUACUGAGCUUCCUAGGUCAGGCGCCCCCGCAGCAGCAUGCUGGAUCCGAUCUGGGGCGGAAUCUCCCUCCCCUCCCCUCGCCCCCUGAACUGCUGAGAGGGAGGGAGGGAGAAGGGGAUGGUCAGGAUUGGAGUGUGCGAUGCCGCGCAGCCGGAGAGGAGAGGAGCCCGAAGGGGCUGGGAUUAUGAAGGGUGCGUGUAACAAGCGCCGGAGAGAGGAGAAGGAGAAGGAGACGAGCCAAGAAGGAUUAGGGGGUUAGGGUGAGGGUGUGCAAAAGGAAAAGCGGAGAGGGAUCCCGUCGCGACUUCGCCGCCUCCGCCGCCUCCCCCGUUGCAACCUGUUGGCGAACCAGGACUGAAGAGCAGCUGACAGGCUGGUUGGUGUGUGCACAAAGUAAUCCUGACUGAGCCGCCGUCUUCCCUACUGUGGGGGUAGGGGGAAUUGCUCCAUACUGAGGUGACUGGUCUGUUAGUGAGUGAAACGGCAUGCAUACACCACAGGAAAACCCACUGCAUGAAAAAGAAGCAGAGAUCUUGUUGGGACAUGCCAAGGAGAAAAUGUCCGUGCUUUGUCAACAGAGCAAUGAUGCUGACCACCAACUUGGAAACUCCUCAGGAAAGGGGGCUGGGAAAUCCAUGUCUUGCCGAGGGGCCUUCAGUGAAACCACUGAGCAUCAGAGGACCCACAACAAAGAUGAGGGGAGGAGGAUAGUAACUGAAUGUGAAAAAAGCAGCAGCCAGGCCUUGAUCCCCAUUCCCUGCAAUGAAACCAACACUGCUGAGAAACUCCACAUAUGUUUGGAGUGUGGGAAAAGCUUCCAUUACCGAUCUAAUCUCAUUGCUCACGAGAGGACCCACACAGGCGAGAAGCCAUUUCAGUGCUCUCACUGUGGAAAACCAUUUCGCCUGAGCUCGCACCUCUACAGACAUCAGAAACUGCACACCGUGGAGCAGCCCUAUGAGUGCCCGGACUGUGGAAAGCUGUUCCGGCACAAAACCAGCUUGGAUGCGCAUCAGAGAACCCAUACAGGGGAGAAGCCUUUUGUAUGUGUGGACUGUGGGAAGAGCUUCACACAUCAGUCGGGCCUCAUUGUGCACAAAAGGACCCACAUGGGGGGAAAGCCUCAUUGCUGUGCCAAGUGUGGGAAAAGCUUUGGUGACAGACCGACUUUAAUGGCACAUGAGAGGGUCCACACAGGAGAGAAGCCCCAUAAGUGUUCAGCGUGUGGGAAGACCUUUAUUCACAGAUCCAGGCUUAUUGUCCAUGAAGAGACCCACACGGGAGAGAAACCAUAUAAGUGUUCAGACUGCGGCAAGAGUUUCAGCUUGAGCUCUGCUCUCCUCACGCAUCAGCAGAUCCACAUUGGGGAGAAGCCAUAUCAGUGCUUGGAUUGUGGGAAAAGCUUCGUCCAGAGAGGAAAUCUUGUGGCCCAUGAAAGAACCCACACAGGAGAGAGACCAUACAAGUGCCCAGACUGUGGGAAAUGCUUCAUUGUCAGCUCGAGCCUGAGAACACAUCGAAGGACCCACACGGGAGAGAAGCCCUACGAAUGUUUAGACUGUGGGAAGAGCUUCAGUCAGAGCUCAGUCCUUAUGAGGCACCAGAGAAUCCACACAGGAGAGAAGCCACACGAAUGCUCAGACUGUGGGAAACGCUUCUCACAGAGGUCAAGCCUCAUUUCACAUGCAAGGACCCACACCAAAGAGGUGCCAUAUUGACUGUAAGAAACAAAAUGAAAGUGACACUGAGCUCUGUAUUUACCAUGAUAAUAUCUGUUCUCAUGAAUUGUUCUGUGUUAAUGUUUAAAUGUUAAAGACUAAGAAACAA